UCAGGCUGGUCUGCCUUCCGAGGAAAUACUGCCUGCGGAUUCCUCUGUCAACACCAAGCCCAGCACCAGGCAGCCUGCCAGCUCACAGGCGACAAAUUUACAAUUAUGCCUGCCACCACAACAACAGGCAAGAAGCUGGACCUCUCCAAGCUCACAGACGAGGAGGCCCAGCAUGUUUGGGCAGUGGUCCAGCGAGAUUUUGACCUGAGGAAGAAGGAGGAGGACAGACUUGGGGAUCUAAAGACCAAGAUUGAAAAAGAAGACACCAAGAGGGAGUUAUUGGGCAACCAGACCAGCCUGACUGAGUCACACUGUAUUCGAUGUCUCCAGCCCUUCAAGUUCCUGGUCAACAGCAAGCGUCAGUGUCUCGACUGCCAGCUCUACAUCUGUAAGUCCUGCAGUCGCUACAACAAGAAGGAGCAUGGCUGGGUGUGUGAUCCCUGUCGCAUGGCCAGAGUCCUCAAGAUUGGUACUUUGGAGUGGUACCACGAAAACGUCCGUGCCCGCUUCAAGCGCUUCGGCAGCGCCAAGGUGAUGCGAUCCCUCUUCAAAAGGUCGAGUGGAGAACACAGUUGCUCUCAAAAUGACCUGGAAGGAGAUGGAUAUGAGGAGCACAGUAUGGAAGCAACAGAUACACAACACUACAAAGAGAUGAAAAAGGCCAAAAGGCGGCUAACUGUUGACCCCUUUGAUUUCGGACUGGGCUUGGACUACUCUGUCGAAUCAAGAGGACGGUCAAAUCAGGCCCCAAUCACCCAUGACAUCAUGGACAUGGAUAUAGGUGAAAGGGAGUCAAUGCUCGCUGAGGCUGACAUGGCCUCUGUUUUCCACCAGAUUAUGCAGGAGCAACACGAAGGUCUGGACCUGGGAAUGGCUCAACAGCAAGAUGACCUUGUGUAUCCAGACAACCGAACUGUUCCAUCUCGCUCCAUCUCCCGGCUCAGCUACUCCUCAUGUGGCAGUGGUAGUGCCUGGGGCCCCCGGAGCAGCAGCAGCUAUUUGCCCGGCCCUGAUGACUCAGAGGGGGAGGAAGACCACUGCCAGGCCUUCCCUCUCUACCAGUCUCAUCUGGGCCCCUGCAGCCACACCUCCCAAGAAAGCCUGAACUCAGCAAACCCUCCACCACAGAUUACUGACCUGAACAGACGCAUGUCAGCCAUUGAGACCCUCUUGAACCACUUAGAGCAGAAGGUCACCUCAACAUACGACCAGGCCCCUCAAACUCCAAACAGCACCUCCCCUCUUCCUCAGUGGGAGGAGGUAGACUUAGAGGAGCAGCAACUGAGACAGAAGUUGCACGAGUUGACGGACAACAUCAGUGACCAUAGCCUGACCUCUGAUGAGGACGAGCCCAGCGUGCCACACUCCUCCCAAGAGAUCACAGCAUGGAGGGGCCCAGAGGGGGAUGUGAAGCCCUCUAGAAUUCCUACCAGAUCCUCAUCCAGAUCCAGCAUCUUAAUCUCCAGACUUGAGGAGGAGCCUCAGCAGCCUGACUCUGUGAAGACAAACAUUUCAACAGAGAGUCUGGAGAGGAAGUGGCGCCCCCUAGAGGAGGGAUCAAAGGAAAGCUUCAGAGGCUCGACAGCUUUACUGGUUGAGCUGGAGGACAAGGUUGCACAAGCGGCUGCCAACGUCCAGAACGCCCAAAGUGAGGUCUCUUACAUAGAGAACAGGAUUGCUGCCCUGAACGCUGCCGGCAUGCCAGUGGAUAAAAGAAGAAGGUCUGCAAUCCCGAUCCAAGCAAGAAGACUUUCCGACAACUUUCCCACAAGCCAGGUGGACAGGUUUGUGAGGAACUCCCUCUACAGGGGCUCCCUGACACAGAGGAACCCAGUGGCCAAGCCCAAGACCAGGGCUACCUCUGCGAAACCAGUAAUGACUCAGGGUUCAUGAGGAGGCGGCUGAGCAUUUUGUGAAGUUUUUCUUGGCCACGUUUGUUUUUACAGUUCAGUAAACUGAGAUUUAGCUGAAAUGAAAGAGAUUCCUACUCAAGUUACUGAGACUGUCAGCUGGGAUGGAAGCACUAACAUUUACAUUUAAAAAUGUUAUCUGUUAUAUAUAUAUAUAGUAUG